AUGACUGAUGAUGAUGCUUCCGACAUAUUAGUGGAUAUCGCUAACUAUAAAAGUCGUAAAGACAUGUAUGAAAAAGAUUUUUUGUGGAAAAUGGCUGAAAAGGUGGAACCAGUAGUUUGGGAUUAUUCCCGGGAACGGCACAUCAGUAGGCCCAUAGGGUUUUUACAUAGCUUGGGUAGUGACAACUUCGAUUUAAAGUCAGCGUGUAGUCUUAUACCACUUAUGGAUGGUACUGAGGAAACAACAAAGAGAUUAAUAGAUGCUGUUGACAUGUAUUCGGGUAUGUUGAACGAGCCAGGUAAAAAGUCGCUAAUUACAUUUGUGUUAAAAGGAAGGUUGUCUGAAAGUGCGAAAUUACGCAUGUCAGAUACAUAUACGACCGUAGAGCUACUUAUAAGGGAUUUACGUAACUCACUUUUACCGAAAAAAUCUUUUACAGCAAUCCAUUCCCGACUUCAAAAUAUAAGUCAGGGCUGGCGCAGUAUAGAUCAGUAUGGAUCCGAAAUAGAGAAACUUUUUUCUGAGUUGACUAUAACUCAGGCAGAAGGUAAUUCGUCGAGUUAUGAUGUGCUUAAGCCGCUGAACGAAAAAAUGUGCAUUAAAAAGUUCACAGAUGGUUUGAAGGAUCCAAGGCUCAGCACCAUUAUUGCGGCGCGGAACUUCAGCAGCUUGAAGGAUGCUAUCCAGGCUGCGCAGGACGAAGAUGUAUCGAGGCCGACAACGUCCAGCCAACCGGAGGUCAUGGGUACCACAGAGGCUUUGCUCACAACUCGUACAGAGGCCAUCGACAUCGUAAUCAAAGGGGUCCGCGACAGUACACCUAUGGUCGAUAUCCUCAACCCCAACAAGGCAACUCGCGAGGAGGCAGCCGUGGAUACAAGUCACGAGGCAGGCCGGCACGAGGGGGUUCGUAUUUCGGGUCCCGUGCCCGAGGGGUCACCGCUCGUGGCAGCCUGCACGUGA